CUUAACUUCCUAAACAAAGGUAGCACAUGAGACUUUACACUGAGAGCUGUGUAUGUAUCGAAAGUGAAAGCCGACCACAGUCUGUGGCCGACAUUUGAACUUUUAAACACAGUUCUUUACAGCCUGCUCGGUAAAACUCAAACAUGGCGCUGCUAAUAUCAGCUCGGGUUUCAAACGUGAGAGCCCUGCCAUGCAGUGCUCUGUCCCGUGUCCGGGCUGACUUCCAGAGAGCAGGUGUCAAGUUCAGGCACUUGUUCACCCCGGGUAGCCCCCAGCUCACCGGGACACAUGUAACCAGUCCCAUACGAAGUGCUGUUAACGCCGCAGGCCGAGGGGCCAAGUUCUCCACCACAGCAGCGGCGCUUCACAAAUCCACCCGGGCUAACGGUUCCUGUCCACCUGGGUUGAGGAGAGGCUGGCUGGGAAAGUUUGCCUUCGGUGCCGCCCUCGGAGUGGGGACAGCCGCUGUGGUGCAGGCCCUUCACACUGGACUCAUUACCGCUAUGGCUCUAAAAAUGAACCUGGACUCUGCUGAGGGGGACUGGAAGGAAACCAAGGACUUCUUGCUGUCUCUGUCUGUGAAGGACAGGCGUGGUUACUACAGAACCUCUGGCUCGGUGCCACUGGAUGACAUCCCAGUGUGGACUCCCACAGCAGGAGCCUCUGAGCCAAGUCGCUACCAGAGAAAUGAAAAGUUAGACCAGAAGAUUUCAGUGUACAGUGGCGACAUCACCAAGCUGGAGAUAGAUGCCAUUGUCAAUGCAGCCAAUAAGAGCCUGCUCGGAGGGGGCGGAGUGGACGGAGCCAUCCACCGGGCUGCAGGUCCCCUGCUAAAAAAGGAGUGCGCUUCCCUCCAUGGCUGUGAGACUGGAGAGGCCAAGAUCACCUGUGGCUACGGCCUCCCUGCAAAGUAUGUGAUCCACACCGUGGGGCCGAUCGCUCAGGGAGGAGUUGGUGAGGAGGAGAGAAGAGCUCUAAGGUCAUGCUACAGGAACAGCCUGCUGGCAGCCACCGAAAACACGGCUCGAUCUGUGGCUUUCCCGUGCAUCUCCACUGGAAUCUACGGGUAUCCACCUGAACAGGCAGUGCACGAGGCGCUAGCAGCCGUUAGGGAGUUUCUUGAUGCACAUCAUGACAAGCUGGACAGAGUCAUCUUCUGCGUGUUUUUGCCAACGGAUAAGGAGCUGUAUCUGCAGAACCUCCCGCUCUACUUCCCUCCUGCCUGAGCCGACCCAGAGAUUCAGGCUGAGAUGCCGCUGUCAGGAGUAAGCUCUGAACCGGUGGAUUUCUCAGACUCUGUUGCUGUGGAUACAAACCGGCAAGAUCAAGACCUUCUCCUGCAACAAGAAUGUUUUUAUUUUUUUCUCACAUGUUGAUUAGUUGUUUUUUUUUUGUCUGCUUAAAAGAAGUGUUGUGAUUAAGGUGGGAAACGAUGUUAACUGUUUCUAUUGAAAAUCCACCUGAAGCUGCAUUAAACCUGUGAUCUGUUGCUCAGCCAUGAAUCACGUGUCCCGUGUGCUCCUGCAUUUGGAUUCCAAUUAAACAUGUGUCUAUGUGACAAAAGCUUAUUAAAGCAAACCUCAAAGGC